AUGGGCUGCUGCUUUUCCAGCCAGGCUUCGAAUGCCGCUUCUCACCGCGAGCACGAGCCGCAUGGACGAAUCGCCACGCCUCCUCCGCAAAUCCCGCCCGAACAAUACGAUCCGAGACACAUUGGCGUCCUCCCCGAUCCCAUCAUCACCACACCACCACCCCCCAUCGCCGCCCCCGUCGCAAUCUCAGGGGCCACCGAGCAAAACAUGCCGGCCAUUGUCGAGGCCAUGACGCCCAACGAGGUGGUUGAAGGCGCGAGCUCGUCCGCGUCGGCGUCGUCGUCGUCGUCGUUGUCGCCGACUUCGCAGCAUGUCAUUCUCGAGCCGACGGUGUAUGUCCCUCCUUCUCGACGACAGGAGAACGGCGUGGCGGAGGCAGAGGGCGUGCCUGGACUUGUGGAGGAGGAGGAGGAGGAGGAGGAGGAGGAAGAGGCUGUUGAGCCUCCUGAGGAGCGGACCAAGGCUUCGUCGAGCUCGAGUUCAGGGUCUAGCUCUAGCUCGACCUCCAAGUCAAGCCGAGAGGAAUGA